AUGAUCUACACGAGCCCGUUCCCGCCUGUCGAGGUCGCGCAGCAGCACAAGGGCGGCGUGUUCGACUUCACGCUCUCCUCCUCGAACCCCAACUUCAACCCGAGCAAGACGGCUCUCAUCGACGCGUUGACCGGCAAGAAGGUCUCGUACGGCGAGCUCGCGAGCGAGUCGCUCCGCUUCGCCGACGGCCUCACCCAGGUCGCCAAGCUCAAGCGCCGCCAGACGAUGCUCGUGUUCUCGCCCAACUCGAUCCUGUACCCGGUCCUCCUGUUUGCCGGCCAGGCCGCCGGCCUCGUCGUGUCGACCGCCAACUCGAGCUACCUCCCCGACGAGCUCGCCCACGCCAUCGACCUGUCGGACGCCGCCGUCAUCUUUGCCAGUGCCGACACGCUCGACGUGACCGUCAAGGCGUGCAAGGACGCCGGCUUCAGCCACGAGAACGUCUACGUCCUGCCCGGCUCGGACGGCCAGCUCCCGUCGUCGCUCCCGCAGGGCAUGAAGGCCUACGACGCCCUGCGCGGCUCCGACUCGUUCAAGCCCGUCAUCCCGACGUUCGACGAGGCCAAGAGCGACGUCGCGUACCUGCCGUUCUCGAGCGGGACGACCGGCAAGGCCAAGGGCGUCGCCCUUUCGGCGCACAACGUCACGACGUGCACGCUGCAGACCCGGCAGACCAAGGGCAUCUUCGACAAAGCGGAUACCGUCCUCUCAGUCCUUCCUCAGUACCACAUCUUCGGCCUCGUCGUCAUGAUCCACCUCACGUUCUACAACGGCGGCACAUGCGUCGUGCUCCCCAAGUUCGACCUCGUCAAAGCGCUCGAGAGCGUGCAGAAGUACAAGUGCACGACUGCUCUCGUCGUUCCGCCUAUUGCGCUCGCGCUCGCCAAGCACCCGAUCGUCGACAAGUUCGACCUGUCGACCCUUCGCUACAUCCUGUGCGGAGCUGCACCGCUGUCCGCCGAGCUCGAGGGCGCCCUGCACAAGCGCCUCAAGGGCCGCACGCUCGUUUUCCAAGGCCUCGGCAUGACCGAGACGACGUCGGUCGCGAUGAUCCCGCCCAACGGCGACUCGAAGCCGGGCACGGUCGGCAAGCUCCUGUCGACGAUCGAGGCGCGCCUCGUCUCGCCCGAGGGCAAGGACGUGCCCAAGGGCGAGGCGGGCGAGCUGUGGCUCCGCGGGCCCAACAUCAUGUUGCGGUACACGAAGAACGAGAAGUCGACGCGCGAGACGCUCACCGACGACGGGUGGCUCAUGACGGGCGACAUCUGCACCAGGACCGAGGACGGCUACUACGCCGUCAUCGACCGCGCAAAGGAGCUCAUCAAGUACUCGGGCUUCCAGGUCGCUCCCGCCGAGGUCGAGGGCUGCCUGCUCGAAUGCCCGUUGGUCGCUGACGCAGCCGUCAUCGGCGUCUGGUCCGACGAGCGCGCGACCGAGCUUCCUCGGGCGUACAUCGUCCCGAACCCGGAGCACGCCAAGAGCCCGACGCUCAAGCAGGACGUGGCCGCGUUCGUCGCCGACAAGCUCGCGCCGCACAAGCGCCUGCGCGGCGGCGUCUUCAUCCUCGAGGCCAUCCCCAAGAGUCCAUCGGGCAAGAUUCUCCGCAAGGACCUGCGUGUCCUCGCCGCCAAGGAGACCGAGGGCAAGGCCAAGCUCUGAGCGCUCGAACCCCCUCUUCCUCCUCCUCUCCCUCUCUUUCUCCCCCUCGUCCUUCGCCGUCUCGCCAAAGACGUGUACGACUCGUGCCUGCUCUCUCUCUCUCUCUCUUGAUCUUUAUCGGUACCGACCCCUUCUUGUCACUCUGUUCGUUCGCAAUGCAAAGUCUCUCGCAGUCCAUUC